AAUAAAAUGAUGUUAAAAUGUUAAGGAAUUCGUAAGCUGACAGUAACCAGUAAAUACGCCUUUAUUUUUUAUUAGAAAUCCUGUCUUCUGACCCUGUCCAAAUAUAGGUUCUUUUUCCUACCAUUAUAAUAGGUAAUCUCAUUUAAAUAAUAAGAGGAAGGAUUAGUGUGUAAAAUUAUAUAGGAUUAAAACAGCUUACGAAUAGUACACAUGCCACAUAUAAUCUGUAGAUAAUUUUAUUAAAUUUUACAAACAUACUCCUAUAAUUUAUCACACAAAAACAUCGAAAUUAUAUAUAUGAAGAGAUGAUUGUCUAGUUUAAGUCUUUUGACGUGUGGAUUCUUCGCUGCAAAAUCCUAUUUUCAAGAGUUAUCUCUGAACUUCUUUCUGCGCCUUCGGGCUUGUUUCCUAAACGCGGAAUUAUUUAGUUUUAGUCGUGAUCGCUGGGCGCCAGACUCCUUCCGUAGUCAUGUUUUUGUCGACUGGUCUUAUUUUAUUUGGAUUUAUAAAUGUUUCACAGUGUUUGUUGUACAAUAAAUCUGUGGAUCUGAUGACAGAUGUACUCUCGGGAUACAACACUCGGCAACGCCCAGUUCUGGAACAGUCAGAUACGUUGAACGUCUCUGUGUCUUUCUUCGUAGCGUCCAUCCGGGAACUUGACGAAGUGGCGGGAAAAUUUUCGAUUGUCGGGGUUGUAACUACCACAUGGCGAGAUGAGAUCGUUAACUGGACACCUAGAAAUUAUGACGGGGCGUUAAAGAUUGAUUUAAAAUUAUCCGAUAUAUGGUAUCCAAAACUUGUGCUGAUGAAUCCCUACUAUAAGAUGAUAGACCUUGGACAGGACUGGAUGAUGCUGUCUGUUACAUAUGAAGGAGAUACGAUUUUUCAACCUAUCUCAAUUUUUGAAUCUACAUGUGAUGUGGAUGUCACGUAUUAUCCGUACGACACGCAGGUACGAGUUUUUAGAGUGUUGCAAUUACGUUACAAUAAAACAGAUAUCCGCGCAAACAAAUUUUAAUGCCAGUUUCAAAUCUAAGUUAAUCAUUAAAAACUAUUCCGCUAAGAAUAAAUUGAAUACAUAAAAGUUACUUUUCCAAAGUUGUUGAAAAAACUUGUAUAUUUAUUUGGUUGAAUCUAUUUUAUUUUCGAAU